AUGGAUAUUGAAUCUUAUCGACAAGUAAUGAAAGAUGUUAUGAUUAUGAAAACAAUUCUUCAUCAACUUGAUCGAUUAUUAAAACAUUCAAAUGGAAUUAAUAUGACAAAUUCAAUGAUUAGUUUAUUUCAUGAAUCUAUGAUUAGUUCAAGACAUUAUUCAUCAAGUAUCAAUGAUGCUAACUUGCGAUAUUCAAUCGAUAAAAAUCUUUCUUAUAAUGAUUUAGUUAAAUAUAAAUAUUCCAGUCAAACACCAUCAACAUUCCAAUUUUAA